AGAGAUAAUACACAUUUAGGGCGUCGUAUAAAAGGCACGAAACUAUUCGGCGAUUUGUGUGUGUUCAUAUGUGUACGCCUGCAAAUCACCGCUCAAUAUGUGAUUUUUCUGAUUUCACGACCCUUAUGUUUACAUCUGCAAGUUUUGUUUAUUCUUUGAUUUUAAGAAAUUAGACGAGAAAAUCUAGCGUCUGGGUCUAGUUUGCCACACCGGCAGUGCCAUUUUGCGGGCGGAGAGCUGAGGGAAGAUUCGGAAAAUGACCGAGUAUAAGUUGGUAGUUGUUGGGGCUGGAGGUGUAGGGAAAAGUGCAUUGACGAUACAACUUAUUCAAAACCAUUUUGUAGAUGAAUAUGACCCUACAAUAGAGGAUUCAUAUAGGAAGCAAGUCGUUAUAGAUGGAGAGACGUGUCUACUGGAUAUACUUGAUACAGCAGGUCAAGAGGAAUACAGUGCUAUGAGGGACCAGUACAUGAGAACGGGGGAAGGCUUCCUGUGCGUGUUUGCGAUCAACAACGAGAAAUCUUUCGAGGAUGUCAAUCUCUACAGAGAACAGAUUAAGAGAGUGAAAGACGCUGAGGAGGUCCCUAUGGUCUUGGUUGGAAACAAGAUCGAUCUGCCAAACUGGGCGGUUAACACAAAACAAGGAAUGACGUUAGCUAAGAGUUAUGGAAUACCUUACAUUGAAACGUCAGCUAAGACCAGACAAGGAGUAGACGAUGCCUUCUACACACUCGUCAGGGAAAUAAGGAAGGAUAAAGAUCGAAAGAACGCCUCAAAUAAGAAGGGGAAGAGCAAGAAACGAAGUUGCAUCUUAUUCUAAAAUUGAUCAAAUAUAGCAUGUUUUUACUCUCAUGUCUUUUACUGUCAGAUUGUUUGUCACAAGAUGAACUUAUUCUUAAAAUAUAUGUAUAGAGUGUAUACCAAUCAUGUUAUGUGUCGAGAGUUCCACAGGGAUGUGUCUUGGGACCAUUACUGUUUGAAGCCUUUUCUCCAGGACUUUGCUGCCAUUUGAGUGACUAGACACGAAUGCCUCACAUGGAAAUUUAUGGAUGAUAAUGAUGAUGAUGAGGAGGAGGAGGAAACCAUGGCAACGGUGUAUAAAGAAUUAUAUUGUACAGCUAGCAUUCUUCAGUGGAUAGUAAAAAUGACGAGUCCAAUUGUAGGGUGGACCAAAGUGGUGGACUCUAACAAGAUGAUCUUGAUUCAAGCACAUUUUGUCUUUUCACAAGUAUGCUUCGAGUCGAGGUCAUCACUUUCUACUGAAAAUAGACACUUUAGAUAUAUUUUACACUUGUGUAUUGUUAGUCAAAAUGAAUUAUUGUUGUUCAGUGUCAUUUCUUGAUAAUUUUUUUUUAACCAAGCCUCCGAACUCUGGCAUACGUGUAAGUCCUGUGAUUUACUUUCAUCGCAUCUCUAUGGUUCAGACUUUGGAUAGAUGUUUAUAACCAAAUCUUUCCUUUGAUUUUUAUCUGAGCAUGCAAGUGCAACAGGAUCCCAUUUCAUAAAAGUUAAUAUUAUUGUACCUUUGCCAUUCAAUUUAAUUACCAUGGUAACGAUGCGCAGCAGCCAAUCAAAAUCACGGAUUUCAGGGAAGUUACCACUGGAUGGCAGAGUAACGUUUAUGUACCGGGGCCCAGUUAUGCAUUUUCUUCAAGCACUUAACGCUUCUAGCAUGCUUGAGGAGGUGUAUACCAUACCCUUGCUCAAAA